AUGUCACAAGAAGACGAAUUUGAUGAAGAUAUUGGAUUGAAAAAAGUUAGUUUUGGAUUAUGUUGUAGUAGGUUGGAAAAAUGUGAAGAUUAGGCAUUAUUUGGUUGAAUUUUUAGCUGAAACAAGCUUAAUUUAGUUUUUCGACGUCAAAAAGUAAGUAGAAAAAUAAACUUUAAAGAUGUUUUCACUUUCCUCACUUUAUACCUAAAAUUUGUUUUGGAGACUUCAAAUCCGCCGAAAAGCCCAAAGUUGACAUUUUAUACGCGGGCGCAGGUCGCGAGGUAUUUUUUUCUGAAAAAUUAUUUUUCGAGCGAAGAAUGGCCGAUUUUGGGUCAUUUUCGAUGAAAACGGAACAAAAAAAAUUAUGAUAUUUGCCCAUAUUUAAUAAUUUAUUUUUAAUUUAGGGCUCGACAGUCAAGGGAAGAGUAGAGUAUGUGAUCUUGAAGGUGCUAGGCGAAGGGGGUUUCGGAUCAGUCUUCCUCGUCCACGACGGUAAUAAGGAAUGCGCGAUGAAAGUGGAAAAGAAAAUUGAAACUCGUCGGCACAGUAAACUAAAAAUGGAGGUGAGUUUUAUUUUCUUAUUUGUUUUCGGUUUUUAGGUAACAAUUUGGAUUAUGAAGAGAAAUUGAGGUUUUCUCAGGUAUAUUAUUGUAGGAUCUUGCAAUGUCUUUGUUUCUAAUGAUGAAUUGCAGAGAUUAUGCAAUGUGGCAUGUUUUACGUAGUUUUUAGGCUACGUGACGUCUUUUACAUGGUAGUUUUAUGAGAUAAUUUUAGAUCAGCAUCCUGAAAACCAUCGCUAACUUGAAGAAAGGGAGCACGGAGAAAUCAGUCGCAGAAAAAAAAGUACGUAAAGUAGGUUUUUGAGCUAUGGAUAAUAUAAAAAAAGCUUUGAUUUUUGAUAAACUUUAGAUUUUGAACGUUUUUUAAGUUCCAAAACUUAUAAUAGACAUUACUUUAGAAAGCCUAAAUAAGCUUCGAAGUUGAAUAACAGUUCCAAUAUUUUCAGCCAAAACGCGAAUACCACUUCACAGACAUUAUAGACCGCGGCCGCGAAGCCAAUUUCUACUUUAUGGUCAUUGACUUGGUCGGUAAAUGUUUGGCCGACCUGAAGCUGGUCCGCCCCGAAAAGACGAUGAGUUUGGCUACGGGCUUGGGCGUGGGAAUUCAAAGUCUGGAAGCCAUCGAAGAUUUACACGAAAUUCAAUUCAUUCACAGAGACAUCAAACCCGCGAACUACGCCUGUGGCAAAGCACCGAACACACAUGUUGUGAGUUUGAUUUUUUUGAAGUUUUGUAUGUUUAGGUAACAAGUUUUGGAUAAAUUGAGGUUGUAUGGAACAGAACGGGAUUGCUUCGGAGUUUCGUUAGUUUAGUUAACAAAAAUUUGUUUUUUAUGUUUAGGUAAUAAAUCGAUUUUUGUUAUUUUAGGUAACAAAGUUUUAUUUUAUGGAGGUUUAGAUACACAGUUCGAAUUUUUGAUAAUUUUGUUAAUGCAUGAUAUUUUGAAAAUUUUAGUUAGCAAAAUUGUAUAAUUUAGCUUUUUUUAAGUAAUAACUUUAUAUUUUUUGAUAUUAAUGUUUUAUUUAAAACGUAAUUUUUACACUUUGCAGAUUUAUAUACUAGAUUUUGGAAUCGCGCGUAAGGUAAUGAACAAGGACAACUGCUUGAAGACGCCGCGAGAACGGGUCGGGUUUAAGGGGACCGUGAGGUUCGCCUCCUUGGCGUGCCACAGGAAUCAAGAACUGGGCCGAAAGGACGAUGUAGAGUGUUGGCUGUACAUGAUGAUGGAUAUAUUGAUUCGUCAAGGUAAGGUUUUACUUUUUUUGGUUUGGUUUAGGACGCUUUGGCAGAUUUUUGUUCGGUUUUAAUGAAAACUUAAAAAAUUUUUUUUUGAAUGAAUAGGUGCAAAUUCGGAAGUUUGUUUCUUUUUAAGUUACUGUAAUUUUACCAUAAUCUAGUUUUCAAAAUUUUGAAGAAAGGGAAUGUUCACCUUUUUUAAUGUUUUUCAUGUAUUAUUGAUAAUUUAUUAUUUCAUAUUUUUAUGUAUUUGCUUAAUUGAUGUCUACAAAAUUACUUUUGUAUAAUUCUUUUAUAAAUUAUGUUAUUCUAGGCCUGCCAUGGCGCAAAGAAAGCGAGAAGGACGUAGUUGGCGAGAUGAAGACCAAAGCCCGCGAUGAAAAGUCCUCAGUUCACAAGGAAUUCUACGGCGAUCUGAUAGGCAAGGACAAAUUCCACGCGAUAUUGAAGUACCUGGAAGGCCUACAGUAUGUGGACACACCCGACUACAAAUACAUCUACAACUUAUUACGAGAAAUUGGCAAGGAAGCGAACGCUGACCCAGAUGCUCUGUUUGAUUGGGAAGAAGCGAAGAAGAAGGAUUGA